CAUCCUUUCACCUCAUCAUGAAGUACAUGUACAUGUACAUGAACAUCAUAUUGAAUAAUAGGUAUUGCAAACGAGUUCCUGGUUUUGGCAGCUGAGCAGCAGGCAUGACAUGCUUAUGUCCCGCAUGCCCUAAGCAACUGUGUAACUAUGUAAUAGUAGCUGCAAUAAUAAUAAAGAGCAUGUGCAUUGCAUGAGCAAGGCGAGAUUGUUUGCUCUGUCUGUCUGUGAUCUAAUAUUAUCAUCCAUGUGUUGUUAACUACGUCUAUCAGAAUACGGGACGGGCAGUAAAGCCGGGGGACGGAGGAUUUGUUGUUCUCUACGCGCCUCCCAAUACAUCCCCUCCCCCAUUCCCGCAUGCGCACAACCAACUUUUGGCCUGUUUUAGAAUGUUCUCUUUUGUUACUUCAUUUCAAAGGGGAUGAAUGGUUAGAAUUCGAUGCAGUAAGUUUUUUUUCCUGGCGCGGCAUUGAUUAUUCCAAAGUGGUUGCCUGUUUGUCACAGGUGACAGAGUGUUCCGGUGAGGCGGGAUGGGAGGUUUUUUUUUUUUUUUCCUUCCCCUUUUUGAGGGUGUAACUUAGGCGGAGUUUUGAGGUGGGUGUUACAUUCUCAGAUGCUGUCUCACGGUCAGGGGCUUCGUGUUGGUCGCAGGCGUACGCUGUAGCAUAGCAUUAAAUUAACAUUUUGAUAGCGAGGCACAGCGUGAUGUGCUCUGUAACUUAGGCAGAGUGUGUACGCUACUAAGUAUGUAUGAAUAAUGAAGGAGUCUCAGAGCGGACGCAAAAUACGAUCUGGAGGUUAUUCGUCGGGAGCAGUUUUCCCGCCGACAUUAGCAGUCGGAUGGCCAUGCUUCAAAGCUCAAAACACCCUUUGCUGGGCCGCCCCCCCCCCCUCCCCCUGGCAGCAUGUAUCGCACGCCAAACAAGCGGAGACAUAUUGUCCUCCUGCUACCGAUAUAUAUCACGAGCGCAGGCGGAAUGCAGACAAGAGUGAGGGCCCGGUGCAACUAACCAAUAUGUAUGAUGAUGAGUUCAAAGAUAUUCACCAAUUAUUGCCAUGACAUGACAGGGUUCCUUGCUUCGCGACUGGCUGGCUGGCCCAAAGGCCGGAAACGAGAUAGAUCCAUGCAAAAAUAGGGCGGCUCAGCAUCUUCAGAAAAACAAAUGCCCCUCAAAAUGCCUUUUCCACCCUCGCUCAAACUUUAAAGAAUCAGAUCGACUUUUCGGUCGAAUCAUGGUCUGCGAGUAAUAAUGUAUGUUUAUGGAGUACGGAGUACAGUACAGUCAAGUUGUACGUACGUGUCCUCCGGCCCGGGGGGGGGGGGGGGGGGGUAACUUAAAGAGUUUCAGCAUCCCUUUUUUCAAAGUGAGGGCGCCUGGAAGCUCCAAUAGAGAGCCCGCGUUUGAAC